AUGGCACAGAAAUACAAAAUUAGGAAUGUAACCUCGUGCGACUAGAACUUAGCGUUUAGGUCUCAGCGACUCAGCCUCUGGCUGAGUUUUAUAUUUUAAAUGGUUUGACGUUGAAAAAUCCACAAUGAAGUGUUAUUACGAAGUCCUCGAAGUGGACGAAGAUGCCAGCGACGAGGACAUAAAGAAGUCAUACAGGCGACUUGCCCUCAGAUGGCACCCGGACAAAAAUCUGGAGACGGCGGAUGAGGCGAAAGAGAUGUUCCAGCUGGUGCAGCAGGCGUACGACGUCCUCAGCGACCCCCAGGAACGUUCUUGGUACGACAGGCACAAAGAUUCAAUACUUAAAGGUGGUCUGGGAGAGAAUUACCAAGACGACAGCUUGAACGUGUACGCCUAUUUCACCACUUCUUGCUACAAAGGGUUCAACGACGACGAGAACGGUUUUUACUCGGUGUACAACGAGGUGUUUAAGACUAUCGCAGCUGAAGACUCGGAGUUCUGCACAGACGACGUCGAAAUCCCUGAAUUCGGCGAUUCGAAAAGCCCCUACUUGGAAGUUGUUCACCUCUUCUAUUCCCACUGGCAGAGUUACUCGACCAAAAAGACAUUUUCCUGGCUGGACGAGUAUGACAUAAGGCAAGCCCCGAACCGGCGGGUCGUAAGGCUUAUGGAAAAAGAAAACAAAAAGAUUAGAGAUAAAGCGAGAAAAGAGCGUAAUGAAGAGGUGAGAGCAUUGGUAAACUUCGUACGCAAAAGGGAUAAAAGAGUACAAGAAUAUUCCAAACUGCUUGAACAGAAGUCCCUAGAAAACGAGAAAAAAGCAAAUGAAAUGAGAAAAAAGCAAAUAUUAGAAAAAAACGAAAAAAUGAAGAGCUAUGUCGAAUCGGAUUGGUCCAAGUUUACGAAUGUUCUUGAUGAGUUGGAGCAGAUCGAAUCGCAGUUGACAGUAGAGGAUGAAGAAGAAGAAUCCCUUUAUUGCACCGCUUGCAAUAAACUUUUUAAAACUACAAAAGCUUUUCACAAUCAUGAAAAAUCAAAGAAACAUCAGGAAAACUCAAAAUUGUUAAUGCAAAAUGGAGACGAGGAUGAAGACGAGAACGAUGAUGAUCUUCUUGACGGGGAAGAAGAUUUAGACGAUAUUUCCAUUUCUACAGAGGAUGAGGAAAUAAAAACGAAAAAGAAGAAGGAAAAGAAAAAGAAAGCGUUUAUGCCUGAACUUGACAACUCGGAUGUCGAUUUAUCCCUCGAAGAAAUAGAAAGGCAAAGGAAUGAGAAAAAAACAGUAGAACCUGUUAAAAAACCUGCAAAAGUGAAGAAAAAAGACAAGGAAAAGAAGAAGGCAAAAGAAGAGAAUCCCGAAGAGGAGGUGAAAAAAAACCUGUGUGUGACGUGCAAUGAAGAGUUCCCCUCGAAAAACGCCCUUUUUAAACAUUUAAAAUCAUCUGGGCACGCUGUGUAUUUACCGGAAGCAACUGAUAACAAGAAAUCAAGCAAAAGUAAAAAGAAAUAAUUCGAUUAGCCAAUUUUUAUUUAAUUUCAAGUGACUGUGAUGUGUAAAAUAUUAAUAUUAAUAAAUUGGAAUGGAGAAACAGAAAAUAUCUCUUUUUCUGGCCUCAUUAUAUCUUAA